AUGACUGUGGGCAAUCACGACGUAAGUAAAACUUCAAAACCAACAUCUACAGCAACGAUCUGUUCUUCAAACCCCUGUAAAAACGGCGGAAAAUGCAAGGAGGCUGAUGAUAAAAGAAGCCAAUGGAGUAAAGGCAGCUUGAUCCCUGGGCUGAUCGUCGCUUUCUUUAAACCGAAGGGGAAUGCGACUUCCGCAGAGAACACUGGUUAUACGUGUGAAUGUCCUGCUGGCUUUCAUGGCAGCAACUGUGAAAAGAGACAGUGCUAUACAUCCCCAUGUCAAAAUGGCGGUAAAUGUACAAACACUGCGGAUGGAUAUGAAUGUUCUUGCCCAGCUGGGUUCACCGGUGUCCAAUGUGAAACAAAUAUAGACGAAUGUGCCUCCCAGCCGUGCAAAAAUGGUGCCGUCUGCAAAGAUAAAAUCAAUGGAUUCGUUUGUGAAUGCAUAACGGGAUUUUCCGGUUUAACUUGCAGUGUGAAUGUAAAUGAAUGUUCCUCGAACCCAUGUCCCAAAGGAAUUUGCAUAGAUGCAGUAAAUGGAUACACGUGCAUCUGUCCGGCAGGUUUCACUGGCAAACGUUGUGAAACAAACAUCGACGAGUGUGCCUCUGGUCCUUGCAAAAAUGGAGGUGAAUGUGUCGACAGAGUCAAUGGAUUCAUAUGCACCUGCCCAACUGGUUUUACCGGUGUCCAGUGUGAAACAAAUAUAGAUGAAUGUGCCUCUCACCCUUGCAAGAAUGGUGCAACAUGUAUUGAUGGUGUGAAUGGAUUUACAUGUGGAUGCAAACCUGGAUUUGCCGGCCUUAUCUGUGAAACUAACGUUGAUGAGUGCAAAUCAAACCCUUGCCAAAAUGGCGGCAGUUGCAAAGAUGCAAUCAAUAGAUACAUCUGCAAUUGCCCGUCCGGUUUUACUGGAUCAAACUGCGAGACUGAUAUCUAUGAGUGUGCCUCUUAUCCGUCGGGGGUACCUGUCUGGAUGGUGUAA